AAUCUUUUGCAACGAGAUGAUAAGAAUCUUCCGUAUGCUUGAAAUGAUUGAAAAUUUCAAUUAAAUUAGUUACCAAUACCAGCUGUAUGCUUUAUUCGUAAUGGUAAGCCAAAGAAGAAACAUCAACUACAUAUUGUCUGCAGCUAAUUGCUUGCUGUCUUCCACUUUCUUCUUGUUGAUCAUACUCUUGUUGUGUUCAUGUCCAAAGAGAACACAAGGUUUGGAAGCCGACAAGUGUGUGGAUUGCUAUGCUAGAGAUACUUUAAAGCGUGGCGAGUGGAUUACUUUAAAGCAUGAAGAAACGCUUGUCUCCAGUGGAGAAAGGUUUGAACUGGGAUUCUUUAACGCUACGGGAAGCGCUAGCCCCGAAAGGUAUGUCGGGAUAUGGUACAAAUGGGAUAAACAAACAGUUGUAUGGGUUGCCAACAGAGACAGCCCAGUACUUAACGAUUCCCCAGGAGUUUCUUUUGGAAUUGCAGAAGAUGGCAAGCUUAAGGUAUGGGAUUUCAAUACUAGAAAAGUUUAUUGGACAGCAGGUGUUGAGAAUUAUCGGUCUACAAAUCGAAAUUUGAAGCUCAUGAAUUCUGGAAACCUGGUCUUAAGGGAUGAACAGUAUGCGACGACUCUGUGGGAGAGCUUCCAAUAUCCAACUGACACAUUUCUUCCAGAUAUGAAGAUGGAUGAAGAGUUGACGUUGACUUCAUGGAGAGGUGAUGGUGACCCGGGAAGUGGGAACUUCACGUUUAAGCAAGAUCAAGAAGGAGAGGACCGCUACGUUAUCUCAAAAAAGACAGGCGAUUAUUGGAGAAGUUGGAUGUCAGGCAAGUUCUUGAGCUCAGAUGAAAUGCCCAAUUUCCCGAAUGCCGUAGCCAAGUUAUUAUCAAAUGACAGCAACUGCGUGACGCGUCCCGGGUAUACCAGAUGUUCGUCGGUUUUUAGUAACACAAGGUUAGUGAUGAAUUAUAACGGGGAAUUACAGUAUCUAAACUGGGAUGUGGACAAGCAAAAUUGGUCUUUGAUAUGGAGGGAGCCGGAAGACGAAUGUAGCAUUUACAAUGGUUGUGGGAAAUUCGGCAGCUGCAAUAUUAACAAUAGGUUGGUAUGCAAAUGUUUGCCCGGAUUCCAGCCUACUUUCCAGGCGAAUUGGGAUUCUAGAGAUUUUUUGGGUAAGCAAAUGUGCACCCGAAAUUCGACAUCAUCUGACAAGGGCGACAUGUUCUUGAGCUUAACGAUGAUGAAAGUGGGCAGCCCAGACUUUGAUUUCAAAGUAAAGAAUGAAACAGAAUGCAGAAAAGACUACUGCCUUGACAACAGCGAGUGCCAAGCUUAUGCAUAUGAUACUACUGGGACCGACAUCUGCUGGAUUUGGACGUCGGAUCUAAGUAAUCUUCAAGAGGAGUACACAAACGGUGGUCAUAACCUCUUUGUUCGCGUGCCCAAAUCUGUUAUAGAAUCUACGGUUAGGAAUUGUGAGCCUUGUGGCACAAACCUGAUCCCCUAUCCGCUGAGCACUAGUCCAAAUUGCGGCGACCCCAUGUACUUUAGUUUCUACUGCAACACCUCCUCAGGCCAGGUUAGCUUCAAGGCACCAAGUGGCACUUAUCGUGUUGCUACUAUCAAUCCAAGUACACAAAAAAUUGUCAUCCAAGUCAAACAAGUAGAAAAUCCUAAUGCUAGAAAUUCAGGAGGAAAUCUGCAUCUCAAUCAGUCAUUGCCAUUUAAUGCGACCAUGAACUUCACUUUUUCUAGCAACUUUCGUUCUGAAGAUGAAGCUGAAGUAGAGAUUAGUUGGGCGCCCCCGCAGGAACCAAGCUGUACUUCAUCUAGAGACUGCAAGGACUGGCCAAAUUCAACUUGCAAUAUAACAAGUGAUGGAAAGAGGUGCCUUUGCAACCUAAACUUCCGAUGGAAUGGCUCCACUUUAAAUUGCACUGGAGAAGGUAAUCCUCCUGGGUUGUUAGAAGAGCCUUCAAAAAGAAAGAAGCGGUUGGCUCUUAGCAUUUUGGUACCUCUUAUAAGCGUGUUUGCUCUCAUGUGUACCAUUACUUGUGUAUAUGUAUGGAGAAGAAAGAUGGCCAAGGAAGAAGAAAUUAGAAGAAGUACUGAUAGAACAAAUCGAGCACUUCGUGCAUUAGACAAUGAAAAACACGUCAAAGACUUGAUAGACACUGGUCAAUUCAGAGAAGAAGAUGAAAAAGACAUAGAUGUACCUUAUUUUGAUUUGGAUAGCAUUCUAGUAGCUACAGAUAACUUCUCAGAUGCAAACAAGCUCGGAGAGGGAGGCUAUGGGCCUGUUUACAAGGGAACAUUUCCAGGAGGUCAAGAAAUUGCGGUAAAAAGGCUCUCAAAUGUCUCAGGACAAGGCUUACAAGAAUUUAAAAAUGAGGUGGUGUUGAUUGGAAAACUUCAACAUAGAAAUCUUGUCAGACUUCAGGGAUAUUGCGUAAAAGGAUAUGAAAAGAUUUUACUCUAUGAGUACAUGCCCAACAAAAGCUUAGACUCAUUUAUAUUUGAUCAAAAGUCACGCAUGUCUUUGGACUGGGAGAUGCGCUUCAAAAUCAUUUUCGGAAUAGCUCGUGGGCUUGUUUAUCUUCAUCAUGACUCCAGAUUGAGGAUCAUCCAUAGAGAUUUGAAAACUAGCAACAUUCUUUUAGAUGAGGAGAUGGAUCCCAAAAUAUCUGACUUUGGCUUGGCAAGGAUGAUUGAAGGCAAAGAAAUCGGGGCAAAUACAACCAGACUAGCUGGAACUUAUGGCUAUAUGUCUCCGGAGUAUGCAUUAAAUGGACUUUUCUCAGUCAAAUCUGAUGUUUUUAGCUUUGGUGUAGUUCUACUUGAGAUUAUAAGUGGAAAAAAGAAUUAUCUGUCGAAACUAGACAUGAGCCUUAUAGGUUAUGCAUGGAUGUUGUGGGUAGAAAACAAGGUGUUGGAUUUAAUGGACCAGACUCUACGUGAAGUUUGCAAUGCAGAUCAAUUCGUGAAGUGCGUAAAUAUUGGACUCUUAUGCGUACAAGAAGACCCAAAUGACCGCCCCACCAUUUCAACUGUUGUUACUAUGCUUGACAGUGAAACUGUAACAGUUCCAAAACCGAAAGGGCCAGUUUUUGUUCAAAGAAAAGGCCUUUCCAGCACAGCUAGUUCUUCUACUAGACCGGACACAUAUACGGCAUCAACUAGCAGUUUAGAAGGAACAUGGUAAUGCAUGAUAUCAACGCAAGUUCUCGUGAGUGUGUCCUUUACUAGACUUGCAAAGGUUCUCGUGGACAAAACAUUGGUUUCUGUAAAUAAGAAGAUUGUAUUAGCCCAUCAACCAAAUGAAACUUUUCUCCCCAUAUCUAUUCCUUGAAACUUCUCUAUGGUAACUGUAUUUGGUGAUGAUUUUAAUUUCUUUUACUAUUCUGUUUCAGUCAUUGUAAAGCAACCUAUAUGUAAGAUAGCUCAUAACCUGCAACCAUUUUGGUUAGUCUUCUUUUUUCUAGUUGAAGUUUGAAUAUAAUCUCUUAUGAUUUAAACAUUAAA